AUUCUGAUAAUUUUGUAGAGAAAUAACACAACUAGGAAGCAAGAGGUGAAGGCAUCUGUACAAAAGCUUGCUUCUCGAGCUGCUUCCCGAGUCAAGGCUGUAGCUGCGGAAAAGAUCACACCACCAAAUUCGGCAUAUCAAUUUGAGGUUUCUUGGUUUACUGUAAAAAAUAUAGUCUGCCAAAAUGCAAGAUUCAUAUGUUCGUUGUCAUCCCAAAGUAGGUGACCAUGAAUGUGUUCUUUUUGCAUGGUGAUCAUCCGUGCGGUUGACCACUGCAAAGAUUCUAUUAGUCUCGUCUAUUGUCCUCUUUGGAUGGUUGCCAGAAGUAUACCCUUAAUUGCAUUGUCAGUCUGCCUAUCUGGCUUCUGCAUGCUAGGGGCCAUCCAAGAAGUUCCCCAUUUGUUGUGUCCCUUUUGAACAAUCCAGUUGGUAUUUGUUUAGGAAAUCAUCACUCAUUCUGACUUUCCAUUUAUGCUGUUACUUUGUUUCAUGUUAUUUUUUGUGUUAUUUCUAUACAGGCUAUAUAUAUCUCCAAGUGCAUUGCCGCAGAUAUUCAAAAAUGCUUUGACUGUUCCCAUACUUCUUGACAUUAUCAAGUGUACGGCAACCUUUUUCGUUGAAGAAAUGGAUUUGGCCGUCAAUUAUUUGGAGAACUUAACCAGGGUUCCAAGAUUUGACACACUCAUCAUGUUUCUUUCAUCCUCAGACAACGCUGAUCUUGUUAAGAUAUGGGAUGAAGUGUUUGACAAUGAAGCAACUCCGUUUGAGUAUGCCGAGAAGCUUGAUAACCUGCAUACAAAGUACUGCCCCAAGCGAUGA